CUAUUGUACCGGCCAGCGCGCCGCGCCGCCCCGGACCAGCGACCGACCGCGCCGGGAGGCGGCUGCUCCGCCGCUCCGUGGGGUUUAUCAAACCGUGGUGGGAGGAGGAGACCUACAUUCUCCCGGCGUUUUGUCUAAUUUUUUUUUUUCCUCCCCCCGUCCUUUCUGGCGGUUCUUUUUUAUCAUCUAUCCAUUUUCCCCUCGUUGUUUCCUCACCGCCUGCAAUAAUCGCCUCGCUACGUCUCGCAGCUGGCGCGUUGGAGAAGCCGGCACCAGCCGCCGCGAUGCCGCUCAGCGCCGGCUUCUCCAGCAAGAACUACGACUACGAUUACGACUCUGUGCAGCCCUACUUCUACUUCGAGGAGGAGGAGGAGAACUUCUACCUGGCGGCGCAGCAGCGGGGCAGCGAGCUGCAGCCCCCCGCCCCGUCCGAGGACAUCUGGAAGAAGUUUGAGCUGCUGCCCACGCCGCCCCUCUCCCCCAGCCGCCGCUCCAGCCUGGCCGCCGCCUCCUGCUUCCCCUCCACCGCUGACCAGCUGGAGAUUGUGACCGAGCUCCUCGGGGGGGACAUGGUCAACCAGAGCUUCAUCUGCGAUCCGGACGACGAGACCGUCAAGUCCAUCAUCAUCCAGGACUGCAUGUGGAGCGGCUUCUCCGCCGCCGCCAAGCUGGAGAAGGUGGUCUCGGAGAAGCUGGCGUCCUACCAGGCAGCCCGCCGGGAGGGGGGCCCCGCCGCCCGCCCCGGACCGCCGCCCGCCGCGCCGCCGGCAGCGCCACCCGGGCUGGCCGCGUCCGCCGCCGCCUCCGCCAGCCUCUACCUGCACGACCUGGGCGCCGCCGCCGCCGACUGCAUCGACCCCUCGGUGGUCUUUCCCUACCCGCUGAGCGAGCGGGCCCCGCGGGCCGCGCCGCCCGGCGCCAGCCCCGCGUCCCUACUGGGCGACGACACGCCGCCCACGACCAGCAGCGACUCGGAAGAAGAACAAGAGGAAGAUGAGGAAAUCGAUGUCGUUACAUUAGCUGAAGCGAAUGAAUACGAAUCCAGCACAGAGUCCAGCACAGACACAUCAGAAGAGCACAGUAAGCCCCACCACAGCCCGCUGGUUCUCAAACGGUGUCAUGUCAACAUUCAUCAGCACAAUUAUGCCGCUCCUCCCUCCACCAAGGUUGAAUACCCAGCUGCAAAAAGGCUAAGGUUGGACAGUGGCAGAGUUCUCAAGCAGAUCAGCAACAACCGAAAAUGUUCCAGUCCGCGCACAUCAGAUUCGGAAGAGAACGACAAGAGGCGAACGCACAAUGUCUUGGAGCGCCAGAGGAGAAAUGAGCUGAAGUUGAGUUUCUUUGCCUUGCGUGACCAGAUACCUGAGGUGGCCAACAAUGAAAAGGCUCCCAAGGUUGUCAUCCUGAAAAAAGCAACAGAGUACGUUCUUUCCAUCCAGUCAGAUGAACACAGACUGAUUGCAGAGAAAGAGCAGUUGAGACGGAGGAGAGAACAGUUGAAACACAAACUCGAGCAGCUAAGGAACUGUUGUGCAUAGGAACUCUGGUGCAUCACUUAGAAUAAUGCAAACUAGACUGAAACUAUGAUAAAAUAUUAAUGAUUCUAAUAUCUGUCAUGAACUACGCAGUCCACUGAGUAUGGAACUCUAUUGCAACUGCAUGCUGUGCGAUUUAACUUGAGACUACACAACCUUGGCUGAAUCUCCCAAGGGUUUGGCCAGAACCUCAAAACUGCCUCAUAACUGAUACUUUGGACAUAAGGGAUGAUGGGACAUUCUUCAUGCUUGGGGAUGACCUCUUCAAUUUUUUUUUCUUUUAAAAUUUUGUAUUUAAGGCAUUUUUUCAUAUGAGAAUCCAAAAGAAAAAAGUUGUCCCCAGCUUGCUGUAUAUAUUUACACAUCAUAUUGCCAUGUAAAUACCUUUAAUAAAGCCUUUAUAGAAAAAUGUGCAACAUUAAUACACAGUUGUGGCAACUGGAUUUAUACUUGUCUUGAACUUCUGUGCCAUAACAUUUCACAAUUUUGUUUUUUAUUUAAGUACUUUUUUCCUUUUAAAAAUGAUUUUUAUUUUGUUUUUAGAUAAAUAAAUAUUUGCCCAAAAUAUAAUUAGCUAAA